UAGAUAUUCAGGGCGGCAGCGAUGGCGAAGAGAACACAGCUGAGAACGAAAGCGGCGAGAUCGAGCAGCCGGGCCGUUAAGCAGAGUGGCGAGUCGUUGCCUGAGGAUCCACAGGCCUUCCUACACCAGUACAAGGAGACAAAGCAACAGAAGCUGCUGAACAAGAGACAGACACUGCUGUCCAAGCUGGGCACAGAGUCGUCUAUUUCCAAGUCGUCGCUGAGAAGACGGAAGCGGAAGGAGAAGCAGGAGCUGAAGCCCAAGAUGGAGGAGCUGCUGACGUCUCUGGAAGAGUCCAUGGGAGAUGCGAUAAACGUUGUGGACAGUAAGCAGUAUGUCCAGGCGAAGAAGAAGAGUGCCAACGCUCCAAGCACACGGACCAAGAAGGGACUGCAGAAGGUGGAGCAACAAGAGAGAAAGCUCUUUGGGAUGAUUUUGAAAGACCAGCAGUUUAAGAAGUCACCAUUCGAGGCACUCAGAGAGAGUAUAUCGAACAGGCUCAAACAAGAGUCUACAGCAAAGUAAUUAUGAUGGUUCUAUAGUAAUAACAAUAAAGGUGAUGUAAUGAUAACGAAAGGACAAGGG